AUGCGAUUCGAUAUACCUAAAUCACUGCUCCUGGGCGCAAUCUGUGCGUCACUGUUCUGGAUUGUCAGUGGCAGUGACCAAAGCCAGAUCACUCAUCACCCAGUUUUACCGCCGUCCUAUCCACUGGCGGUUCGAAACCCCUACUUGUCGGCAUGGAUGCCCGGUGAUCGUGUGCACCGAUUGCCUUACUCUAAUUCCCAGUUCUGGGCUGGCCAGGAGCUCGGGUGGUCUAUCAUCGUACGCGUGGAUGGCGUGGCGUAUAGUCUGAUGGGUGUUCCUGACUUGAAAGCCAGUCGGAUAAAUCCAGCAACUGUGCGCCAUACCGAAUUCACGGCCACUCAUUCGCUCUUUGAGCUCAAGGCGGGGCCCGUCUUGUUCACGCUGGAUUUCUUUUCUCCUGUCUCGCCCUCAAACUACUUGCGCCAGUCGGUGCCUUUUAGCUACUUGACGGUCCAAGUCAAAGAAUCGCGCGGACAUGAUAUCCAGAUAUACUCUGACAUUGAUGGAAGAUGGACCGGUCGGGAAGGUCACUCGGCGAGAGAUUUUCAACAACACGGAGAUCUCGCUUUUCACUCGCUUUCGGUGAAAAAUGCUGCGACUUAUACCGAAGAAAAUGAUAUGGCACUUUGGGGUCAGAUAAUUUUGGCCUCUCGCCCAGGGAAUGUGAGCUCGCUUUCGUCGCUUGCAGGAGAGCCCAGAGCUGUACGAGGCCACUUUUUGAAUCGCGGUGAUCUAUCACAAGGACACUCAGCCUGGUCUCAUGGGAGCGUUAUUGCUCAUGCGCAUAAUUUGGGGGCCGUUAGCGGUGAAGCUUCGGUAACCUUUGCUGUGGGCUACGAGAGGCAGGAGGCCAUCAACUACCUAGGAGAAGCGUACACCGGAUUUUAUCGGGCAGAUUAUCCUACCACCCAUGAAGCUCUUUCCUUCUUUUUCGAUGAUUAUGAAGAUGCCUAUUGGGAGUCAUUGGAGUUUGAUCGAGAACUAGAAGCAAUGGCAACUGCUUCAGCUGGCCCAAAGUAUGCGGAUAUCGUUGCUCUGUCGACUCGACAGGCGUACGGAGGAAUUGACUUAACCAUCCCUAGCAACUCUCUUGACACUGAUGAUGUGCUGGCGUUUAUCAAGGAACUUUCCAGCGAUGGGAAUAUCAAUACCAUUGAUAUCAUAAUGCCAGCUUUCCCUAUCUACUGGACUUUAGAUCCGGAUUGGAUUCGAUUAUUGCUUGAGCCAAUAAUGAGAUAUAUCGAUGCCGGCCGUUGGCAUCUUCCAUACGCUAUCCAUGAUCUGGGCACUCAUUACCCCCACGCUAUUGGUCAUGAUGAUCAGAAAGCGGAGGAAAUGCCUAUUGAGGAGUCUGGGAAUCUGCUCAUUCUAGCCCUGGCCUACACACGGGCUACUGGUGAUACCGAAUGGUCUGAGCAAUAUGCAGACAUUUUCCAGAAAUAUGCCGAUUAUUUGAUUGAUAACAGCAUCAACAUGGCCAAUCAACUUUCUUCCAACGAUGCUGCAGGACCUCUGCCCAACGAGACUAACCUAGCCAUUAAGGCGACUGUGGGAAUCAAGGCAUUUGGUGAAUUGAGUGGAAACACGUACUACUCCCAGACCGGUGAUGAAUAUGCCGAUCUAUUUUUCACUCAGGGUCUAGGCACAGACGAGAAGCAGACCCACUUUGUGCUCGAAUAUCCCGAUUUCCCACAGUCAUGGAAGACACCAUACAACAUUUACCCCGACGUGCUACUGGAGCUGGAGACCUUCCCCCGUGCGGCUUAUGAAAUGAGUAACACCUUCUUCUCCACCUCAGUCCGCGGAGAAUACGGCGUGCCGCUCGACAAUCGGCAGGACUGGGCGAAGUCAGAUUGGAAUAUGUGGUUAGCUGGUACAUUUGACGACGAUACCCGAGAUGAGUUUGUGGAUGACUUAUGGGCUUUCAUGACAAAUGGCAAGCAUCACUGGCCAUUCUCUGAUCGCUAUAUCGCUACAUCUGCACAUGGUAAUGACCCUGGCUUUCCAAUCUUGUGUCGGGCGCGACCCACUGUCGGUGGACACUUUGCGAUAUUAGCUUUGCAGGGACCAUCUUCAAUACGGUCUCUUUCACCCAGCCACAAACCUGGUCGAAAGAUGAGUAAGGUGCAGAUGGAUAAGGACUAUGGUCCUAGUCCACAGCUUCUUAUGCAAAGCGAGGAGGUUUGA